CUCGCUUCCUCCAAUCCGCCUGUGUGGCGCACGCCCAUCUGCAGGGAUCUGGUUCUCUUUCGUUUUCAUUUCCCGGAAGGGUCGAAUGUGAAAAUAGGAGUUUUAUUUCUUCGAGAGUUAUUUUCAUUCUUUGUCUGUAAUGGAGUUCUGAGAGGACUAACCAGGAGUUUUAGUUCGUGUUUGGAAGAGUUUUAUGUCUGAUUACAAGGAAAUAAUCCUACUUCUUUUAAGGGUUUUUUUCAAAUGGAGAACGUUUCCCUGUCACCUUUGGACAAGCAAGAAAACAAAGCGAACACUCUGUCACCCACAAUGCAUGGAGAGCAAGCCAACAAAUCUCCCAGUGUGCUUCACUCCCCCGCUCACCAUCCUCAGGGGGACCUGUGGCAUCUACCUGGACGUCUACGAAUAAACCCGUCUCUGUGGGAUAAAGAGGACGUCGCCCACUGGCUCCACUGGGCUCAGAGGGAGUACUCACUGCGACGGUCAGAGAAGGGACGAUUCGAGAUGAACGGUCGAGCCCUGUGCCUGCUCACCAAGGAGGACUUCAGACGCCGCUGCCCCAGCUCAGGUGAUGUUCUGUAUGAGAUCCUACAGUGUGUGAAACAACAGAGGAGGGGUGCUGUCUGCGAUCCGCAAAAUACGCCUCCCUCCUUGACCCCGGAAAACGUACACAGCCAGGGCCAAGUCAGCUGCCAGGUCCCCGCACUCAGCGUCCAAGAGCCUCAGCCCCCAAGAGUCAAUGACACCAAAGCUUCCCUCGCUUUCACCAGCGCAGCGUCGACAGCUGUGGUGACCGCUGUGAGCCAAUCAGAGCCCGCGUCACCUCUCAGAGAUCGUCAGUCGAUCUUUCACAAUCACCCUGCUCCACUCACACAUACUACUGUCCCCACAUCUCCCCACAGCAAAGCUCAGUGUCCUCCUCCAACAAAGAGCAUCAGCCAGGAGCCUCUCAACCUGUCCAGUCGAGAGAGGAGCCCAGUGCACAAAGUCAACGGCCGCAUCCCAGAGUGCAGACUGCUAUGGGACUAUGUGUAUCAGCUACUGUGUGACGACCGUUACCAACAAUACAUUCGAUGGGAAGACAGGGACAGCCUGGUGUUCAGGGUGGUCGACCCAAACGGACUGGCGUGUCUCUGGGGAAACCACAAGAACCGAGACAACAUGACCUACGAGAAAAUGUCCCGAGCUUUGCGGCACUACUACAAGCUGAACAUCAUCAAAAAGGAGCGAGGUCAAAAACUCCUCUUCAGGUUUCUGAAACUCCCACACGACAUCAGGAAAAAGCAGGCCGACCCCGCCGAGUCCCCGGAACCCAGUUCACCUCUGUACGGGAACCUUCCAUACAGCAGUCCCACGCACGAGACCCGUGAAGACCAUUUCGAGAUUUCCCCUGAUCGUAUGUCUCCACAGCCUCCUCUAACUGAUGCUCCUGUAAGAUAGAUAAAACUGUGGUGUGUAUUUCUUCUGGUUUCAGCUUCAGAAAAAAAUAACCCAGGUGUUAAAGGGGACAUAGCAUGCCCAUUUUACCACAAGUUGAUAUGGUUCCUUGGGGUCUUAAUGAAAUGUCUGUAACAUACUUUGGUCAAAAUACCACAAGGAUCA